GUUGCCAUGGAAAUGCAGCCCCUGAAAAGUGCAGAAGGAGGGGAGGUGGAGGACAGAGAGAAGAAGAAGACCAAUGUUCCGAAGAAAGAGAAGAGUGUGCUUCAGGGCAAACUCACCAAACUCGCUGUUCAGAUUGGCAAAGCAGGUUUGGUGAUGUCGGCCAUCACCGUCAUCAUCCUGGUGUUGUACUUUGUCAUCAACACGUUUGUCGUUGAAGGUCGCACGUGGUUGACAGAGUGCACUCCGGUCUACAUCCAGUAUUUUGUCAAAUUCUUCAUCAUUGGAGUCACUGUGCUGGUGGUGGCUGUCCCAGAAGGCUUACCUCUCGCUGUCACCAUAUCUCUGGCUUACUCUGUCAAG